AUGGCUAAAACAAGUGUGAAUUCAUAUGUUUCAAACACACCAUCUGAUUUUGAAUGUGAUUGUGCUCAGAAUCGUAAGAAAUCAGAUGGUGUCCACGAAAAAAGGGAAGGUAAAUGCAAACUUGUGCAGAAAAAAGUGUGCCGAUGUACAGAACAAGUUGAAGGCAAAGGUUGUGGAGACGAUGAGAGUGUUUCUGAUUUCGAGAAGGAACAAGAAAUUUCGACUGAUGACUAUGAGCUGCAUGGUGCCUCAAAAGGGAAUAAUCCAGGUUCUUUUGAUAAUAUUUAUAAAAAAACGUGUAUUUCAAAUGCAAAUAUUGGGCGUGUUCAAAACAAGAUCAUAAAGCAUACUCAUCGGAAACCUUAUGAUGAUCCACAGGGAAGAAACUUUAAAAACGCAUGUAAGUGCCUGGUGCAAUAUGCCAUAUCGAGUACUCUUAAUACGUUUGUGAUGUUGUACCGAGAGAGAAUGAAAACGUACAAAGACGGAAAAUCUUAUGCAUUGCAUCGACGCUUUUGUUACACUACUUUGAUCCCUAUCUUCCUCGGUUUAGUGAAUUUCGUUGCCAGAAGAACUGAUAUAAAUUCUAAUGAUGGUGCAUGCAUGGGCAAGGGUACUAAUAAUCCUUUAGACGUGCUUAUCCGAUUUUGUUGCCUCUUAUUCGGAGUAUUUCAUUUCACCUUGACAAGAACUGAUAUAAAUUCUAAUGAUGGUGCAUGCAUGGGCAAGGGUACUAAUAAUCCUUUAGACGUGCUUAUCUGUAAUUUCAUAAUGUUUUAUACAAUGAAUAACUCUUGUUAA